AGUAGAAACACAAAAUACAAGUAUGAACCUGAAAAUGAGCACGAUAUGGGACCUUUAAAGCUCCAAUAUGGCAGCCAGACGUAUAAAUCUGCAUCCCGCCCUCAUCCUGCCCCACAACCCUCUCCAAUCACAAGCUGCCAAACCGCAGUCUUCCGGGUCGCUGAGAGGAGCGUCGCUCCUCGCUCUCCAACCUCUUCCUCUUGCGCGCAAUAGUCGCAGCUGAGGCGCGAUGCUGCUCGGAGCGUGCGGAGACGAGCGCGUCGGUGUUUCGGGGAUAUCUCGGAGGUCGAGCGGAUGAAAUGCCGGGGAGCAUGAACAAGGAGGACGCCCCGGGUCCGGGUCCGGGUCCGGGUCGGAGCGCUUCUUUGACCUUCACUAUUGACAGCAUCCUGAACCUGAAGGACCGCGACGCGUCCAAGGAGGAGCGGAGAGACCGAGGAUGGAAGGGGGAUUUACAGUGUGAGGAGGUGUGGGACGUCCGGAGGAGGGAUGAGACAGCGCAAACGAAGCCCAGCAGAGUGCACCGGGAGAACAGCCCGCCUGUGACCGACACCAGAGGCUCCUGUCCCGGGGUGCAAAGCGCGCAGCACACCGCCGAGGAGGACAAGUCCCAGCAGCAGCAGCAGCAGCAGCAGCAGCAGCAAACCAACACCGUGGAGGACUCUAAAGCCAUGGUGAAGAAGAAAACGCGCACCAUCUUCUCCAAGAGACAGAUCUUCCAGCUGGAGGCCACGUUUGACCUGAAGCGCUACCUGAGCAGCUCGGAGAGAGCGUGCCUCGCCGGCUCGCUGCAGCUCACCGAGACGCAGGUGAAGAUCUGGUUCCAGAACCGGCGCAACAAGCUGAAGAGGCAGCUGCUGUCCACGGACAUGGAGGAGCAGCAGCUCUCAGAGCAGGGCAAAAACGUGCAAUUACAGACUUUUUACAAAGACAGCAGCAGCCUGCUGCAGGGCGGAUGUUUGUUACCCAUGCAUUUCCCCGUGGUGUACCCGACUGCGACCGCAGCGCCUUACAUCUACUUCUCCAACACUGGCAAAUACUUUGGCCUGUUUGACGCAGACUGAGUUUUUUUGGGAUCAGAUGACAGUGUCGGACACAAACACUCUCUCUUGUUUUGUUUUUUUAACUUCAUAAAAAUCCUCCCAAUUGCACAUGCAUGUGCCACUUUUUGUCCUU